AUGUACCGCUCCACCCCCAUUCUCAUCCUGCUCGCCCUCCUCCCCCAGAUCCUCGCCCAAUGGGUGACCCAAACCCAAAUAGACCCAGACUCAGGAAUCACAUACCUCGACCGAGUCUCCUACAGUCGAGCCGGUGCGGCAGUCGCCACACAAAUCUUAUCGACGUUUGGCGAUGAACUCCUCGCUGCGGCGACGACGACCGGACCACCGCGAAUCGUCGGCCAACCAGGCACAAACACAGGCGCAGCAACAAUCGUAUUUCAGUUCACCUCCGCAGACGGCAACGUCUACGAGGCCACCUUUACCCCGACCUACCAGUCACCAUCACCCACCAUCCCUCCCCAAGUGGGGACGAUCAUCUCCCCAGAGGACUGGACGUUCACGCAAGCUGCAGCUGUUACUGGCCCUGCGGUCACUAGCGGUGCAGAGCGGAUAUGGCCACUGGCUCAGUGGGGGAGGGUAAUGGGUUUUGUUGGCGCUGGGGUGGUUAUAGGAGCCUGGUGGGUGCUGUAG